AUGGCACCUGGAUUCAGGUAUAUUCGCAUGGACAUGGAUGAGCUUGCUUACAAGCACUCCGACAACCAGUCCGAUGAGUGGGAGAAAUCGCUUCACAAGGCUGCUAUUUACCGUGAAGUCGCCAGCUUCAUUGGCAAGCACCGACUUGGAAAGCCUGUCGAGCUUCAUAAGCUGAUUAGAGGCGGCUAUAAUAUCUUCUACCGCUUGGAGUACGAGGACGGAGCUUCCGCGGCUCUGAGAAUUCCCUGUCCGGGUGUCAAGUUCCCGGAUAAGAAGGUUCGUUAUGAGGUGGCGACUAUGCGGUAUGUUGCUGCUAACACUACGAUUCCAGUUCCCGAAAUAUACUACUGGGGAACUGCAGAAGAAAACCCGUUGGGCUGGGGGCCAUUAAUCAUCAUGGAGUAUGUUGAACACGAGCGAACUUUAUCUCAUAAGCUUCAGUUUCUCUACAGGCAGAUGGCGAAUAUCCUUCUCCAGUUAUCUACCCUCUCUUUUUCUCGCAUCGGGUCCUCGGUCCAGAACAAGGAAGGCCAGUUUUCCGUUUCUGGGAGACGACUAAUGCAAAACAUGAAUUCUCUUUUUGAACUCACGGAUGCUCCUGCCAGCCUCCUCCCAACCCACGGGUUUGCAACGUCGAAUGAGUGGUAUAACGCAAUGGCCGACAUGCACCUCCUUCAGCUGACCUUUCAACAUAACAACGCGGUUGACAACGAGGAUGAUGCAUACGAUAAGUAUGUUGCUCGCCAACUGUUUCGGAAACUCGCAUCUGAUGGGCGGUUAGCCUCCGGAUUCGACCCCCAGACACGAGAGAAUCGUGAGCCCAUAUUCCGGCUCUUCUCUGAGGAUUUGGGACCGUCUAAUGUUUUGAUCGAUAAGGAUCUUCGGGUGGUCGGCGUCAUUGACUGGGAAUUUGCCUAUGCAGCUCCGGCCGAGUUCUCCUAUGAUCCUCCUUGGUGGCUCCUACUAAAAUAUCCUGAAUACUGGCCAGGAGGGUAUGAGGAUUGGAUGGGGGUUUAUGAGCCUCACUUUAGGACUUUUAUUUCCGUCUUGGAAGAGGAGGAGAACAAGCUACGGGUGGGGGAUAAAAUCAGGGAUGAUCCCCAAGGUCUCUCAGUCUCAGACAAUGAGACCUGGUCUCUUUCACGACGGAUGCAAAGGAACUGGGAAAGCAAGUCUUGGAUGAUUCGCUAUGCAGCAAGGAACAGCUGGGCCCUCGACUUUCUGUUCUGGAGGUACCUGGACUCUCGGUACUUUGGCGAAAAUCAGGAUGCUGAUCGCCACGCAAGGCUUCACCUGCUCAGCCAGCACAAGAUUGAUGCAAUGGAGCCCUUUGUUAAGUUAAAGAUGGAGCAGGACAAGGAGAAAGUCCUCGUUCGGUGGAGUGAUGAAGAUGUCAAGGCGGAACUAAGCAAAGUUAUGCUGUAG